AACCAAAACCAAAACCAAAACCAAAACCAACAAGACGGUCAACAGGAAGAAGAAGAAGAAGAACGAUGGCAAAGCUGAAGGACUUACCAGCCGAACUGAUUCAUAGGAUCAUCGAUCAAGUUAUCAUCGACCAAUUAGCACAGCAACACUGUCCACACCAUCAUCACCAUCACCACCACCCAGACCACCAUCACUUCGACCUCAACUCAGACCCCACAACAACCACACCACAACCACUGGCUCAUCAACAAGCAAUCGAUCUCAACCCAAAUCAACCUGAUACCAACAAUCAACAGCGAAAUAACACCAACAACAGAACUGCAUCCCAACAACAACAACAGCAGCAACAGCAACAGCACCGUCAACAUCAUCAUCACCAUCACCACCAUCAUCCUGACCAUGAGGACGAGGGCGAAGACGAAGACGCAGACGAGCCAGAGGAUGAGCAUCGUCAUACUCGAAACUCAACCUCAAAUACCACCCCAAACAACUUCCCCCCGUUCAAUCUAACCGAUUUCAGUGUAUCCUUCACCUCGGCCCCCGGUGGGGAUUUCGGUCUCUCGACUAGUACUUCCAAUCAUGCCGACUUUGUCGAUCCAGAUGAGACUGAGGAUGAUCCACAAGUUUCUUGGCCAGAUGGUCUCCCAUCAGACGUCCUAGUCACUUUCUCCCUCAUCAACCGGACCUUCCAACAAUGCGCCCAGGAGAGACUCUACAAACAUGUAGCACUAUACAGUCCAUGGCAAGCCAACCUAUUCCUACGGACGUUGAAUCGUAACAAAUCAGACUGCUCGCCACUUCUUCAAGAACAAUCGGCUGCAAUCCCUGCCUCGAUCGACAUCAAGGGUAAGCGUAGGGCUCAGUUUGAUGGCAACCAGCUCUCAUCACCUCGGAUUUAUCGUCGAUUGAACAGACUAGGAGAUCUUGUUCGCUCCUUACGUUUCGUCUGGAUGGGACCGGCUUCGAUGGGCAAAGGUGGCGGAUCUCUAAUCUGUGAUAUCCUCCAGAGUUGCCCACAACUCGAAAACAUCGCGAUCAGUACUGCACUUUUAAGCCAUUGUAAGGAGCCACUCUUCCGGGCCUUGGAACAUCGAACGUUGAUCAAAGAAUUCUCGAUCCUCAAGAACCCAGUCGAAAACCCUCGAAAGUUCCUCUGGAAGGCAGAUGAAGUCCUCAGCAGAUUGUUCACCAAGUGGGAUAUGCUCGAGACCAUCGAACUGAUCGGACUCUCCGGAAGGCCACUCGAUCGGAUGGAAACCGUUCUUAGGUCGAUACCCAGCUUCAAUUGUACUCUGAGAGUCAUCUCCUUAACCCGGCCGAAUCUGGCAGAGAUCGAGAUCUCGAAGAUCUUAAACACCUCUAAAGCUACCAUGAAUACCCUCCGGAUUACCCACCCUAGUCUCAAACUCGAUCGCAAAGGUUUAUAUCGGCUCUUGAUCGACUAUACUAAUCCUGCCUUGGAAUCUCUCACGAUCCAUGUCAGCAAGGAUUGGCAUCCGAUCAACCCGGGGCGUGGUAGUGCUGCAGCAAUUAUAGAAGCAUCUAACGACCCAACCCAAAACCCACAUCUAUUCGAUAUCUUAUUCAAAUCGUCUGCCAUGCGAAACCUCAAGUCGUUAUCGAUCGGUGGUCCCCUGGCUAGCUCGAAGCUCUUCCCUGUCUUACCAGAAACAAUUGUCAAACUGGCUUGGGAAGAUUGCACUGCCAUCCAACCUAGUUCGUUUGCCAAGUUCCUGUCGAGCUGGCCCAAACAAAAGUCGGACCUUUCCGGUAAUCUUGAUCCCAAUUCCAUCACCGCUGAACAGACCGGUAGGACUCUACCCGACCUAAAGUGUUGCUCGGUCGGUACUGAUGAUUUCAACUGGAAACGGGCUGACCGACGAGCCGUGGAAAAUGCGCUGAAAGAACGGAAUGCAUGUUUCCACAGCAGUAACUGUCAAGCCUUCUUUCCCCCAGCUUGGUUUAGGCCACCCAGCGAUAGUGACGAUGAAGAGACGCACAGCAACUUGGGCGAAGGAUGGGAUGAUGGUGAAAUGAAUGAAGAUCCUGACUUUGAUAUUCCUGAGGAUGAUGACGAGGAUGAUGAUGAUGAUGAUGAUGAUGAUGACGAGGAUGAUGAUGAUGACGAAGACGAUGAAGACGACGACGACGAUGGUGCGGCGGGAGGAGCCAAUAGAACUCGCAGCCACGGGUUUAUCCCGCCGCCGGCCAUGAUGUUCCCGGGCCUGUUCGGGAUGCCAAUGGCUGGCUAUUCCUUCCCCUUCCCGGGAAGCCCGGGCGCCGAAGGCUCGGCGACGGCAUGGAUGUUCGGCUCGGCUGGUCUGCCGGGUCAGUCCGCCAGCUCUCGUUCGGGCUCUACGGGCGGACCCACUUCUACCACAAGACCCCCGGCCCACCCCUCCGGGUCUGCUAAUCCAAGUCGCACUCACUCGUCCAGAUCCAACACAACCCCGUCCACUCGUAACACCCCCUCCACCGGCGAUCACUCGCAAGGACAAUCUCGCACUAACCAAGCCGGUCCUUCUUCUUCUACUGCUGCUCCUGCUGCCGGCUCUGCUCCUGGCGCUUCUUCCACCUCCUCGUCCACUCGUAGACCUAAAUCUCCAGGCCUGUUUGGACCGGACUUUAAGUUUGGUAAAAUGUUUGAUUAGAUUUCUGCUACCAGUACCACCUCCAAAAAAAAGACCAUGUAUCUUCUCUUGUCUGCAAGGCUUCCUUUUUGUUGGUAUCUAACUUUACACUACAGUACACAGUACACAAAAAGAAGCAAGAAAGAGAAUGGUCCUAUAUACUUUAUAUCAAUAUACACACACAUGCAUAAAAUUAUUUCCUUUUUUUUUGAUCUAUUGCGUUGUUGGUCUCGCAACAAGUAUCUUAUUCUGUAGUCUCAAAAAGAAGACCACAAACCAACAUAACAACCUGCAUGGUUUUUGUUUCUCAUUUUGAUUGGUUGAUUGAUUGAUUGAUUGAUUGUUCUUCAGGGUGUACUAGUACCAGUAGUAGCAUGUUGAUGUAGUCGUUUUUUUUUUUCUUCUUCUUUCUAACAAUGAUCCUUAUUGUGUUGGUUCUAACAAAAAGCUGAAGAUUGUAUCUCUCUUUUCUUUUCUUUUUUUCUUUUUUUCCCCUGGUAACCUCUAAAAAUAUCUUGCUUGUGAGAUAGAUGAUAUCCAUCAGAAAAUUCACUUUUUUAACAAA